GUAAGCACUUCCGAGUGUUACAUUAAAUAAAGCGAAUUUAAAAAAAAUUGGAGAAACAAGAUUGUUCACACUAUAUUAUUCCUAAUAUAACACGAUAGAAAUAUUUUCUGCUACGGAUCAACAAUUCUAUCGAAAUAAAUAUCAUGAGAAUAUUGCUAAUUUUUUGAAUCAAGUGAAAGUGAAAGAUAUUAUUUGUACUCUUCGUGAUUAUCAACAACUUAAACGACAAUGGAUUAGUUUAGAAUCAUUACAAAUAAUUAUUGAUAAUGAUGAAAUUAAUAUGAGUGAAACAUUGCCUAUUCUCAAUACGCUACGUAGAUUAGAUGGAAAUUAUGAAAAUUGGAAAAAAUUUUAA